CAGGUAGUGCGCCUCUUGAGUAAAUCUGACAACGCCGCUAAUCACCGUUUGCGCGUCUGUGCAUCAGGUUUUGAUUUUUCCCCAAAUGCAGAGGAUGUUUACCAAUGAACUGUCAACACUGAGUGUUGGCAGUUCAUUGAUGUGUACACACAUGUGGAAUUAUUGGAGGCAUGCAUAUCUAGAGGAUUUUUGGGGGUAGUUGGGCAAGAUGGAUAGCGGCAAUAAAAAAAUAAAACUGGAUCCAGAUUUAGUAAAAGGAAGAUCACAGCAAAAUCCAGAAUCAGAUGAAGAUGACAUAUUUGAAGAGACAGUUGAACCAUGCGAUGAAAAUAUAGAAGUAGAGGCAGAACAUUGCCUCAUAAAAUACGAAGAUCAGGAACCGGUAGACGCAACAGAAUAUAUGGUAGAAAUAAGUGCAGACCUGCAAGAAAUGAUAAAUGACAGCACACCACAAUUUGAAGACGAAACAAAAAACGAAGAUUCAACUGUAAAAUCAGACAAAAGGGCCAUAAAUGGUUUCAUAUGCAAUACAUGUAAUUUUAUCACUACAGAACCGCUUGACUUCACGAAUCAUUGGUUGAGUCAUGAGACCCGGACAUAUACAUACCAAAACGGUGUGUAUGUUUGUCACAUUUCUCACUGUUUGAAUGUAUUACCUAGUAAAAAGGAACUCUUGAAACACGUUGCAUUGCAACAUCUGUCCAGAUAUCGUUGCUCGUUCUGCUACUAUGUGACGUACUCAAAUGAGGACUUUGAUGAACACAGCAGUAACCACUACACAUACCAGUGCGUCAAAUGUGAUUUGCAAUCUACGAAACAUUUUUUUGUGCAAAACCAUCUUGCAACUCCCUUGGAAUGCGAGUUAUGUGAUUUCAAAGCAUAUCAUUGGAUCACGUACCAAAAGCACAUCAAUCUGCAUCGCUAUCCACCAGACUCAAUCAUCGAAUGCCGAUAUUGCGGCUUUGCAACUGGGGAUAAAAAUCUGCACAAAAAACACCUAACCUCCCAUUUUGGAAACUUCAUAUUUUGUAAGAUGUGUGACUUCAAUGUCGGAGAAAAUUCAGCAGAUCUUGAUAAUCACUACAAAAAUUCUCAUAAUACCACACUUGACGCCGUAAGAAAGAUGCGCAAAUGCAAGUUUUGCACGUGUAAAUUCAUAAACCCGGAGCCUAAAGAUAUGCACGAAAAACUUCAUUUGAAGAAAAAUACCACCUUUAAAUGUUGCACAAAUUCGACAACGGUGCAGUGUCCUUACUGCAGGCACGAUGAUAUAAAUAUUGAUGAACAUAUACUCUCGAAACAUUCAGCCGAAUUUGAACUCGAGGGCGUUCGAUUCGAAAGUAAUGAUGACGAAUCAGUAAUAAAAGUAUCAUAUUUUUGUAAAACUGAAGACGAACAAGAAAAAUUUACCGCAGAGCAUAACGAUGCAAUACCGAUAUCUGACGACAAUGCAGAUGAUCAAGAAAUUGAAGAUGCAGUUGUAAUCGAUGCUGACAAAGUUUGUCGCAAUUGCCCGAAAUGUCAGCGUAUUUUUAAGGGGAUGAAGGCAUUCGAAAAACAUUUGUCGAUGGAACACAAUAUCUCUUACGCAGAAGCAAUAAGAAAAUCUAAAAUUAGUCUAUUAUGUGAAUUCUGUGGAUACAGCACAUUCAAACUAAGUACGUUGAAAGAACAUUUUAUUGCUGAUCAUUCCAAUUUAAAUAAAUCUAAACCGAAAAUGGAACCAAAACUUAUACCUAAUAAUCGACGUUACAUAUGCCCCUUUUGUUAUGAUGUAACAUUCGCUGAACACGAAUUUGAAGCGCAUUGUCAAACACAUACCAUAUUCAAAUGUACUGAAUGUCACUUUGAAUCCACCAAACGACUUUUUGUCGAAGACCACAUGGACAAUCCUUGGGCUUGCUCAAAAUGCGAGUUCAGAUCACAUCAUUGGCUCCCAUUGAAAAACCACUCGGUCAACCAACACGACACGAUAACCCCGCUUUAUAGAUGCAAAGAAUGCAAUUUUGAAACAAGAAAACUGAGACUUCUGAAAACUCACCGAUUUACCCACUCAUGGGCGUUUAUACAAUGCACGAUAUGCACGUAUAGGACAGGUAGCGAAGAUGCCAUAAAAAGCCACUAUGAAAAAUGUCAUGAUUGUAACGAACCUGGAGGUGUGAAGGAAGAUGUCGACCGACCAUACGAGUGUGAGUUUUGCGAUUGCAAGUUCAAAAGAGAAACGUUUCUGGAUAGGCACAGAGCACUGCACGGGGCGAACGGACCGUUUAAUGUCAAAUGCAGUCAAUGCCAUAAUUCCAAUACAUCAGUGUCAAAAUACGAUAACGGCAAAGAUACAAAUGGCGACGGCUGGACAAAGUGUCCUUACUGUGCUUACAAGGACGAAGCUCGAUACAAGAUGUUCGAUCAUUUAAGCCAGAUCCAUGAGAACGAGCUAGAGAUCGAAGGCUUUCGAUAUAGAGAAACAACAAACAAAUUAUAUGAAGAAACUGCAAAUACCGAAAAACCUGCAAAACGCAGACUGGCGGUUACAGCAAAUACACAGCCUCAAAAACAGAAGAAGAAAGUCUAUGAAAAACCUAAAAUAAGCACUGAUGUAGUUGAAACAAAUAGGGACCAUCUAGAAUGUACAGCAACUACAUCAUCCAAAAAGACUAAUACCAGCGAAGCUUCUUCGAGUCGCGCAAAGCUGGUAAAGUUCUGCCCAAUUUGUCCUUUUUUCACAGUUCGACGGGAGGAGUUCUUGAAAAAACAUAUUCACUCCAAGCAUUGCGGUUACAAAUGCGACAUAUGCGGUCAUACGACAAAAGGUAUAUUCACGAAUGCACACAUGGAUGAAAAGCGUCCACAGCUGACACUGGGUGCAGAAUCAUCAAAUGAACCAAAGAUUUUAUUUUGUCCGGUAUGUGGCAGAUCGCGGAGACAUGUGUUCACUCAAAAUGUGGCAGAAUUACAAGAAGAAAACUUGUCUGUUACUGAUGACGAUUACAAAGUCAAGGAAGAAGUUACAGAAAGUGAUGAUGUUGCUUUUGAAGAAGCAGAUACUUUGCAAGAAGACGCAGAUAGCAUAAAGCGAUCUACUGAAGAGCCUGAUGAUAUUGCUCAAGCAGUAGCUUUACAAGUUGAAGGUGCAGAUAAAAUACAACAACCGAAUGAAGAAUUUGAGGAUAAUGCUUAUUCAAAUAUUUCGCAAGAAUCUGGUGAUAUAGCUCAAGCAGAUACUUUGAAAGACGAGGAUGCAGUUAACAUACACCAACCUAUUGAAAAAAUUGAAAUCAAAGAAGAGAUGAUAGCUUUUGAGAAAAUUCCUCAUACGGUUUUCUUGAAAGAGGAAAACCCGGAUAGCGUUGAGAAAAUUGAAAUAAAGGUGGAAGCUACAGAUGUCCUCGGGCUCGAAACUGUGGAAGGUAUUACUACCGCGGAUGCAGCUUGUGCAAGUAGUCGAAAUUCAGGCCAAAAUGAACAAAAACCAAGACGGAAAGGAACAGGUCCAUUCUACUGUCAACGUGAUAAGAGAUGGCAUUGCCCAUUUUGCGACUAUAAUGGGAUGAGCAGCUAUUAUGCUGCCCAACAUUGCGAGCAAAUUCAUAAGGGAGAUCAAAAUCUAACCUUCAGGUGUAGUAUCUGCUGUUACGAGACGAGAUCUUGGCGGUUCUUCAGUGAUCAUAUAAAUUUGAAGCAUGUUACGGAAGCUGGCCCAGAAGAAAUUCCUUGCAAGCAAACGGGCUGCGACUACAAAGCGCCAUCCGUGGACGAGUUGAGUAAACACUUAGCGCGCCAUCUGCAAUCUUCCAUAAAGGAUCUCAUGAAGUACAAAUGCAAGCUAUGCAAUUUUGCUACGGUCUCGGAAAACAUUUUCAAAAAUCAUAAGUGCAUCUCGAAGACGUGCCUCGAAUGCUAUGAAUGCGGAUUCAAAGGCGAAACGAAAAUGAGAAUUUAUUCUCACAUCCUUAAAAGGCAUACGUAUACGUACUCACAGAAAAAGGGGUACCAAUGCCGGAGAUGUGGACGUAAUUCUCAUGACGAGACCUGGAGGGAGCGCCAUUUUGUGAGAUGUCCUGAAAUGUAGUAAUUUAUUAUAUACAAUUAGAAUAAAUGGUGCAUAAAGAUCUCCAUGUUUCACAUUCGAAAAUUUCUGCAAACUCAUCCCUAAUAGUACACUUUGUUUCUGGAUCGACCAGUUUAGGUCACAGGGUCGCCCCGGGAACUUACUUGAAACGUACCUAUAACCGGGGAUCCAGGGGGGAGGUCAGGGGGUCAUGACCCUCUGGACGAAUCUAGAUUGACCACUAAUAUUUAUGACUUCCGAAUCUUUGACAAAUUUAGUGAAAUAACGACUUUUUGAAAAUACGUAAUGGAUUCAAACGGGUAAAAAAUUUGGUGAAAACUAACCACAUCUAUAGUGUAUGUACACCCAAGAUAGAAUGGAUGCGUGAUUGCCAAAAGCAAGGACGGCGUACAGGGCCGCAUUCAGGGCUACCUCCGAAUGAUGGACUACCACCAACGUGUUAUAAAACAAAGAUGACAGUAUUUAAUAAUAUUAUCUAAUAUAGUGAAGUAGUUAUAGUUAAGGGUGUCGCAAAAUCAAAUUUUUAUUCUUGAAGGAAUGCUAAGUUUUUCUACAGAUUUUUCAAACUAGACAACAUGGAGAAAUACAUACCGGAGGUAACCAGCUGCUCACUAUGCAGAUGCACAAUGAAUCCGUAGUCAACGAGGGGUAGAGAUGACACUUUUGUACAUGGAAUAAAUAUAAGGCUGUUCAAUCAAUUGAAAAUAGAUUUUCAAGGUGCACUUCGGACUUGCAUUGUCUGUAGUUUAUCUGUAAGUUAAUAUUUCACUAUAACUAGGAUUCCUACAAUAUGUAUUCUGUGACAAAACAAAAACGCGAAACUUACUCUGACUCACUUGAAGAGCUAUCGUCAUUAAUGUUUAUGGUGAUGGAUUCAAAAUCUCUCUCAAUUAUGUUGUCCAGCUCCCACAUUGCUACCUCCACUUUCUCCAGGAAAUUUAAAUGUUGUAUUGUGUGCAGCAACAAAAUUCUUAACAUCUGCCCAUAUGAGCUCAAUGGGGUUGAGCUCACAGUGACAAGGCGGCAAACGGAGUACUGUUUUGUGGUGCGCUUUGGCCAUUUCAUCUAUGACAUAUUUAUCAUGUCUUGGUCUGUGUUGUUUAACAAUAUCUAAUAGUUGUAAUUUCAGUAAGGAAGGGUCGAAAGUUAUAUUUUUGGAACGGAGCCAGCUCUGAAUGUCUGAUUUCCUAGAAGCUGAAGUUGGGAUUUUUCUAUUUUGCGAGAAUGAUAGGGAGCAUUAUCCAAAACAACCACAGAAUUGUCUUCGAGACGUGGUAAAAUGCCUGAAAAGCACUUCUCGAAUGCUUCCCCAUUUAUCUCUUCAUGGUAGUCAGUAGUUUUUUUGAGUCAAAAGACCAUAAGCCGUCAUACACGAAGCCAUCUACACCCCCAAUGUGGCGAAUAAUGAGCCUUUUGCCUUUGCCUGGAAAGAUAAAAUCCGUUAAGUACACAUGCACGUCUUGUAGGUACGAAGAUAGAGAGAUAUUGUGCGCAAAAAUUGAUACCGUGAACUACUUCGAUCUAUUUACCUGCUGGAUUUUUCAAUCCGGUCGACACUCCAUCUAGAAAUGCCCUUUUGCGAUUUUUACCCGUCAUUGGCUUGGAAAAGGCAUGCUUUUUCUUAUGUUCGUUCAAAACAUUGUACACUGUCGCUUGGCAUACCCCAAUUUUAUCUGCCACUUUCAGAGCUAUUUUCGGGUUAGUUGAUGUUUCAUCUUCCUUCCGCUCUAUCAUGAUUGUAUUCAAUAUGACGUCUUUCAUGUCUACGCUAAGAUGUCUUUUUUUUAUCGCUUUCUAGGAGGGCUAAGGGAGUAGCCUACAGCCUCGUCAGCAGUGUCUGUACUGGACAUGUUCAGGAUUGGUUCAAAACAAAUAAUAACGAGGAAUAACAAUAACAAACAGAAACUUAACAAAUUACUCAACUACACUUAACAACAACAGCAACAACCAAGCAAGGUGAAUACGAAAACACGAGCACGCACGCGACGGUCGGUGGCCUGAAUGCAACUCUGCCUGCCCUGCCCCUGCCCCGCGCAUUAUUCCGCCAUUCGACCGCUUGAAAUAAUGGCGACUUGUCCAAUAAGAGGCGUUGUCCCCACCUGUUACCGAGAGAUCACGCGCUAACUGUUAUUAUUUACAUCUCAUCUUGAAUUUGGAUUCAGUCUAGAUUGACCACUAAUAUUUAUGACUUCCGAAUCUCUUUGAUAAAUUUAGUGAAAUAACGACUUUUUGAAAAUAUGUAAUGGAUUCAAACGGAUAAACAAUCUCUAGAUUUGGUGAAAAAUAACCACAUCUAGCAAACCUGAUCAAUUUGUAAGCGCAUCGAUGAUGGCGUAAGUAUUGACGCAAAUAUAAAUAAAAUAGUGAUUCUGCAUUUUGUCGGGUUGGUAGCACUGCGUGUCCAUUAGUGCAUUAUGUGCAUGAUGGUACAGUUUAAUCAUGUACAGGGUGUUUCCCAAACAUGGGACAAGAAUUCAAACGGCGACUCUUGGGCUUAUUGUAUUUGAUUGUCUCGAAAUAGGUUUAUCUUAAAUAAUGUUCACUUAGCGUUGCUUUAGUUUUAAUGUCGGUUAUGGGGAGUCAUGAUUUGGAAACGGUUGCAAUAAAACUGUAUCAAAAUAAUGGCUGUUUUACUCCAACACCUCUAACCAUAGAAACUAUCAAGCCUAUCUCUCUUGUAAUUAAUACAAAAUGAG